UGUUAAAGUUCUAAGUGACGAUCUCUUAUAGGGAAGUGUUGUGUUGUGUAACAAAAAGUGAUUAAGUUAGUUAAAACUUAUCAAUAUGGGUUGCAAUACGAGUUCAGACGCUAAGUCAACGAAAGAAGAGAAAGAUGCACAAGAAAAUCAAACGAACACGAAAACAGAGGAAAAACAAAAAGAACCUGCAGGGGAGUGCAACGACUCAGAAGCAGAGGCUGCGACGAAGAUCCAGGCGGCGUUCCGGGGUCACCAGACGAGAAAGUCUAUAAGUAUGAAGGCGAACAAACCGAACCAGGAACCAGAGCCAGAGCCGACGAAGUCAGAGCUCGAGGCCGAAUUCCGAGCUGAUGAUAAAGAAUUAUGCAAUGCAGCAACCAAGAUCCAGGCUUCGUUCCGGGGCCACCAGGCCCGCAAGCAGACUCAAGUAGAGACCAAGACCAAGGAACAACAAGAUAAGGAAGACAUAGAGAAGAUUGAUCUGGCAGAUCCAGAUCUCAACAAAGCCGCUACUAAGAUCCAAGCUUCGUUCCGAGGUCACAAAGUGCGCAAAGACACCACCAACUAGGGUGGCCAUGCAUUCUUCUCAUUACAGGAUAAUCCUUUGUAUGUAUGCCCUUGAAAACGGACGAUUAGAAUCAUUCCAUUUAUAAAUAAUUUAAUAAACAUAUUGCACUUUAAGAUUUUAACACGAAUUAUGUUUAUAUUUUAAUAUUCUUAGUAUCCACUGCCAGUUGUUUCUCGACAUACAUACAAUCGAUGGUAAAGAUAUCGAUUAUUAGUAAUGAUAUAUAAGUACUCAUAAAUGCUAUGUCAAUUGUCUACGAAAUAUAAAAGAAUGUUACAUUUUUUUCCGACGAUUAUCUGAAGUAGUCAAUUGACGUGUAAAAUGAUUACGGAAAUGUAGAGAAGAUGAGAAUUGAAUUAAUAAUAAUUAUAUUAAAAUUGUAAUAAUUAUUAUGUAGGUAACUGUCCCAUUUUUUCUAUAUCGAUUAGUGGUCAACCUACUUCAUGAAAAUACUGUAAUUAUGUUCGUAUACUUGACAUCUUAUAAUCUCAUUUACCAAAGAUAUUUAUUUAAGUUUAUUUAAUAAUUUAUUUUAGUGUAGUUCUAAGAUACGUAGUUUAGAAAUGAUUGCUGAUGCUUACUGUUUAUUAUUAACGAAAUUAUUUAUUACAUUCCAUGUUAUUUCUUAAACGUUUCAAUGCAAACAAUGUGAAAAAUCGCCAUUUUUUCGUGUAAAUUGCCGUUAUUUAAGAAUUAUAUUGAAUCAAAUAUAUUAUUCGCCUACAUUAAAA